UCACGGCGGUCUAGCUGGCGGUAUUUUUGUUUGGAUGUGGCGAAAAAACAGCUAUAGACGAAGCAUGUAAACUUUCUAAAGAUAUGUCAGAGAUCUUGAAUAUUACCUAGAAUACAUUAUCCUUAAAACUGUUUAAAGGUUUACAGUCCAACUGCGGAAUGGAACAGGAGGUCGAGGCUGUCAAGGCUGCUGCGGUGCCGCUCCUCUCGUCAGGUUGUGCAGAGGCAGUGCGGGACGAGCUGCUGGAUGAGUGUGAAGAACACUUUGAAGUUUUACAACAGCUUCAAAAUGAAAUCAUCUCAGCCGAUGAAGGGUCUGGGGACGGAGAGUCGAAUGAGGCAAUGAAUCGUUUGAAUGCCAUCAUGGUUGAGCUGGAAAAGUGGCAAGAAAUGGAGCCAAAAUUACUGUCAACAAACCCUGACAUUUUACUGACCAUCGGACAGGAAGAGCUGCAAAGACACAACCAUCAGCUAAAGAUGGUCCUUUCCUGCUCCCAAGCGAGGAGAGAUGCCUUAAAAGACGUUUUGCAAAGAGAGCAGGCAUGGCUGGAAGAGAAGAAAGAGGUACUGAGAGCGGUGUCCGAACGAGUCGUAACGUUACGUGAGGAAAACGAGAAGCUGACGGAACACAGUAUUUUACAGGACAUGAAGAGAAAAAUCACUAAGGUGAAGGAUUAUCACGGCACGCUCAUGGAGACGCUGAGCGACAUGUUAGCUGAGCAUUUUCCUCUCCCUGGUCAGUCAGCACUUGGCACCAAGAAAAAGAAGGGUGUUGUUCCAGAUUAUGGACAAAAUCUUAUCCCACUAAGUGAGAUCCUUGAGCAACUAACAAACAAAACCCUGGAAACUCCUCACGAGCCCUACGUGACCAUUGAUGACUUCUUCUGGCCUCCGUACAUAGAGAUGCUUCUUCGAAACGGAAUUGCAGUCAGACACCCAGAGGACUGCAAUAAAAUCCGGCUGGAAAUAUUCCAUUAAUUUUUUUUACCUACUGAUCAGGCUUAAUCAAACAACCCAUCAUGAGACAUAUGUACAGUCCUUUAUGCACUUGUUUUUUGUUUGUUUUUUGGUGUGUAUUUAAAAAGCAAUCUGGCAAAUAAAAUAGCUGAAAAUGUCA